AUGAGUGUUCAAUACCUUGCUCGCUCCCUUGUUUCUGUUGGUUCGGUAAAGGUCCCAAGCGAUGAAGGCGAGGGACUUUAUGUCCUGAGCGUGAGAGAUGGGGAUCUCAUCGAGAAGUACUGGGUGGACGAUGUGGUAGAGAGCGAGAACAUCAUUGCUUCAGGCGUAAGACAUAAUACCUCGGCUUCAUAUCUUCUCGGCUCAAGAGACACUCCGCGCAUCGUCAUCUUCAUUGACGAAGAUAAUGUUGUGCGUUCCUAUGCAUACAACGAGGACGCAGAAGACUGGGAAGAGACACCACACGGCGACAAAUUGAACAUUAAGACAAGCCCAGAGAGUAAGCUAAGUGCGAUUAUUGGCCCAGAGGAAGAGAUUGUGAUCUCUUACCAGGAUGAGACUGGUUACCUGGCAGUCGUGAUGAGCACGGACAACAACGAGUGGGCUUCUUUUGGCCCUCUUAAGGCCACCCCUGUCCUAGGGACACCCCAGUGCCUUGAGGUUAUCGACGGCAGGCUCCAUCUCUUUUAUCUGGAGAAAGGCUCUGGGAUUAGCUACCUCGUCUUUGAUCCUUUUACACUCAACUGGAAAGCCAAUGUGCUUGAGAAUGCCAAGUUCAGCACUAGUAUUGAUAACUUUAGGAUUGAGGAAGACCCCGAGACCAGAGUUAUCCAGAGCUACGUCCUUACAGACGGUUCCCUAUGGAAUGUCAGCGGGGAGAAGGAAAAGACCUGUCUGGGAAAAGUAGAAGGUGACGGUAAGCUUAUUCCUUCAAGCAAGGCACAGGCUGGAUGGAAGGUUUCAUGGAAAGGAGCUCGGAAGGUAAUUAUGGGAAACGAAAAGCAGCCAGACUUCAUAAAUUUCAAUCUAGAAACCUUUCAGCUUCCUCGGGAGUUCUGGCAUCCGACUCAAAUUGGAGACUAUGAAUCGUGCGCACCUGAGCGCUUUGGGAUAGAUGUGUCUACUCUAGCAACCCGGUGGCAUGAAUGGGUGGUUAAACUGACUUUUGAAAAGCUUGGAAUCGAGAAGCAUGGUAACGGAUUUUACGUCAAUAUCCCAAACGCCCGCUACGAUGUUAUCUUCACAGCUGGGCACAACCUUGUUGACAAACCGCAACAUUAUUGCUCUAAUAUCAGGAUCAUUGGGGAUCCCCACGAAAAAAAAGAAAUUUGUGUAAAACCCGACAUGAUUCGGGUAUGCUCGAAGUAUUUUGAGGACCCUGAUGAAAAUAUGGAAAUCUAUGAUUACGGAGUCAUACUCGUAGAGAGGCAUCACUCUAAACGACAUCGUGGGUUUGGAUUUCACGUUAUGUUAGGCCUUGCACCGGAGUCUGGGGAGGGUAGCAAUUAUAGCGAACAUGAAAGCAAGGACAUACUUCAAGGCCGCACGGUAUACGUCUGCGGAUACGCACCAGAAGAUUCACCGCACGAAAAGUCGCCACGGAGAUCGGAGGGUGAAUGCGUUGGAGUCAAUUUACACCAAGUCCGUUACGAAGCCGAUACUAAACCAGGAAUGAGUGGUGGACCUGUAUGGUUAGGAUUCCGCGGAGUUGAAACCGUUAUAGGUAUUCAUACUUAUGGAGCGGCAAAGGAAGGAUUAGGGAAUAGGGGAACCCGCUUGAACUGCAAUGUCUGGCGCAACAUAUUUAGUUGGCUUCAAGUUGGUUGGUAUGGAAAGUCACUUCACUACUGCAUGUCUCCAAACUUCAGUAUGCAUCUUCAUUUGCCGCAGAACAACGCUGCAUUCAGCGAGGGCCGAGUUCGCGUAGGCAAGCCUGGGAAAGUGGAGACUUUAUUCGAUGUCAUCCCCGUGGCAGCAAAACCUAAAGGCAAAGAAUCCGAUGCUGGCUAUGGAUUUAUUUUAAGACCUCCGGGUCUUGAUGCCAAAGGCUUCUGGCCUCCAGGCCUCACAUCCCCUUGGGUGCGAUGGGAUCCUAGUAAAAACAGAGUCUCACAUUCACAACGCUUCGACAUGCGGUGCGAAGUCAAAAUCCCCCGAUUGGCUCUUCACCCAGAGAAUCCUUUUGAAAUACAAGUUCAGGAUGGUAAUUGCUGGAAGCAAGUACGGAUGGGAAUGGAAUAUUUGGAUGAGGUAGAUCUCGAGCUACUCGAAGAAGAUUCUCAAAGAUUUGAAGAUACAUCAGAAAUCUCAUUCGGACCACUGACCAAGAAGAAGUUAUUUCAGUUCAAGUAGCGAGCUCAGGUUAUAACGCUACACAUAGUUGCAUGGAUCUCCAAGGCCUAAAAUACGGCGCAAGAUGCUUUACGAAUUUUCGUUUCAAACUUUCUGUCGAGUCAUAUACCUAGGAGUUGAAUUUAUUGAACUGAAGUUAAGAACCAACACUUGUAGCCAUUUAAUGAACUUGAU